AUGGGGAUCACCGAUUUCUUCUCCGACCUUCUGAGCUCCGUCUCGUUCGUUCAGGAGGUCCAAGCCGAAGCUCCCGCCGACGAUAACGAAGAGUCAAGUGACAGCAGCGAGGAGGGCAACGACGAAGAAGGUGGUGAGGAUAAACAAGAAGGCGAAGAGGAGGGAGGUGAAGACGCAGAGGAAGAGGGCGAAGAAGAGGAGGAAGAAGAGGAAGAGGAAGAGGAGGAGGAGCCUGUAGAUCCAAAGCCAAGACUGGAAGAAGAAUGCGCCCGAUCCGCCCAGUGCCAGGGCUACAAGCACCACUUUGACGAAUGCGUUGAGCGUGUUACUCAACAGGAGGAGAAUCCCGACCACAAGGGCCCCAAGGAAAACUGUGUUGAAGAGUUUUUCCACCUCCAACACUGCGCAACACAGUGCGCUGCGCCCAAACUCUUCAAGCAGCUGAAAUAG